AUGUUUCAGCUUUGGAAACUUGUUCUUUUGUGCGGCCUGCUCGCUGGGACCUUAGCGUCUUCUGAGGAUGGUGGCAAUGACACAGAGAGUGCUGCAGAUAGCCCGAAGUCUGCUCUUCACAAAGGACUUGAAGCCAUUGAAAAAAACCUUGAUGCUGUCCUUGAGAAACUGAAGGCCAAGCUGGACAUGCUUCAGGAUUCCAAGGUUUGGCAAAUAACCAAGCAGAAGUUCCAGCAAGCUGAAAAAUUGGUGAAUGAUGCCCUUUCUAACAUCUUCUCGGCUCUGGAUGAGGCUUUCGGGUUGACAAUCAGUAAUGCCCACAUUACGGAUGUCAAAGCUGAACUAACUGCUGAUGGCAAAGGCCUUAACCUGCAGCUCCCCGUCACUGCUGACGUCAAAGUCAUCCUGCCUCUCAUUCGCCAGACAGUCAACCUGAAGGCUUCCUUGGACAUCCUGACUACUGUCAAAAUCGAAACUGAUGCCAAGACCGGCGCCCCCACCGUGGUCAUGACAGAAUGUGCCAGCAACCCAGACAGCAUCUCGUUCACCUUGCUGGGCAAACACAGUGUACUGGUCAACAAGUUCGUAGACACCAUGAGCAGCUUCCUGAGCAAGACUGUGUCCUUCCUGGUGCAGAAGCAGAUAUGCCCACUGGCCCGCAUCUUCGUCUCCACCGUGGAUGUGGAUUUUGUUCAGAAUGUCAUCGAUAAACUUCUUCAGGGAGUCCAAGUGACACUCCACCCCUGA